UGCCUCAGCGCCACGGUGACCGCAGCGCGGGGCUCGCGCUGCCGCUGGGUCCGGGCUCGCGCUGCCCGCGCUGCCGGUUGGGCUCCGGCCGCCGGGGCAGGAUGCGGCGCUACGUGCGGGUGGCGCUGCUGUGCCUGGGCUGCGGCUUGUGCUCGCUGCUCUACGGCUCCAGCCAGCUGGCCCUGGAGCAGGAGCCUGGCGGGGGGAAGCCGCAGGCCCGGGACCCCGCCGCUCCCGUCCGGAGACAGCGCGCCGGCGGCGGGAGGGCGGCGGGAAGCGCAGGCCGCGGGGAGCCGGAGCUGCCAGACAGGUGUAAGAAUUUGUCUAUAUCUUACUGGAAUUCCUAUUGGAUGCUGCCCUCUGAUGUUUGUGGAAUGAACUGCUUUUGGGAAGCUGCUUUUAGAUAUGAUUUUAUGAAAACUCAGCCUGCUGAGAAGAUGCACCUAGCAGUGGUUGCCUGUGGUGAAAGGCUGGAGGAGACUGUUACUAUGUUGAAAUCAGCCAUUAUUUUCAGCAUCCAACCUCUACAGUUUCAUAUUUUUGCAGAGGGCCAACUGCACAACAGCUUCAAAGGCAUACUCAAUGGUUUGCCAUAUCAAGGAAAAUUUAAUUAUACCGUAUACCCAAUAACAUUUCCGACUGAGAGUGCAGCAGAAUGGAAGAAACUGUUUAAACCCUGUGCUUCACAAAGGCUAUUCUUGCCAUUAAUCCUCAAAGAUGUGGAUUCUUUACUGUAUGUUGAUACUGACAUCCUGUUUUUGAGACCUGUUGAUGAUAUUUGGUCUUUUCUGAAAAAAUUUAAUUCCACACAAAUUGCUGCAAUGGCACCAGAACACGAGGAGCCUCGUAUUGGAUGGUAUAAUCGCUUUGCUAGACACCCAUAUUAUGGAAUAACUGGAAUAAAUUCUGGAGUAAUGCUAAUGAAUAUGACACGUAUAAGAAGAAAGUAUUUCAAGAAUGAUAUGACAACUGCUCGGCUACAGUGGGGAGAAAUUCUUAUGCCAUUGCUCAAAAAAUAUAAACUAAACAUAACGUGGGGUGAUCAAGAUCUGUUGAAUAUUAUGUUUUUUCAUAAUCCAGAGAGCCUUUUUGUCUUUCCCUGCCAAUGGAAUUACCGUCCUGACCACUGCAUUUAUGGAAGCAAUUGUAAGGAAGCUGAAGAAAAAGGAAUAUUUAUUCUUCAUGGUAACAGGGGUGUUUACCAUGAUGAUAAACAACCAACUUUUAGGGCUAUAUAUGAAGCAAUAAAAAAGUAUUCCUUUGGCGAUGACCUGGUUAAUUUCCUGUUACAGCCCCUAGAACUGGAACUGCAGAAGACAAUGCAUACAUACUGUGGAAGAAUAUACAAAGUGUUCAUAAAGCAGCUAACAAAAAGUAUAAGAGAUAUUUAUGAUAGAAGAUCAAAGGGAAGUUGAUUCUUACUACAAACUCACAAAACUAUUUAAUUCAAACAAAGACGGAAUAUAUAAAAUGUAUGAAGGAUGUUCAUGCAAGAAAUAUAAUAUUGUGUGUGCCCAGGUAAAUGUUUACCAGUGUAGAUAAAAUGAAGAAACUUCAUAUUAUGAAGAAUACAAACACUUUCCUGCGAAGAAGAUAUUUUUAAUCUUUUAAUCACUGUUAAUUUUCAUUCCAGUUCUAGUGAAUAUGGGAGUUACUGGCUGUUCUAGUCGGUUUUUUAUUCUGCAUAAUUCAGUUGUCUGUCAUACUCAAAUGGGUAAAACAGAAAUGAAGAUAGAUCUAUUGGUAGAAUGUACCUCAUACAUUAUCUAUGAUUCUGCUAAACUGUGAAUGUAGCAAUAAUUGAGUCAGCACUAACCUCACUUUAAAAGUGUGAGAACAAAGUUGUUUACAAGGGCAGAAGUUAUUCUGUUUUCAAAGAAAUGUGAUGUAACCAUUGACAAUCUGUAUGUGCCUUUAGAUGUGUUCAUCUCCUAUAUGUUAAAAUAUUGUUUUGACAAUCGUGUUUCAUAUUUUAGAUGUAAACUGCACAUUAUAAACAAGAUUUUCAAAGCAAUUAAUCACUAGUGUCAGAGGAACUAGUUUCCCAUCUGUAGUUACUGAUAUCUUGUUGUGAUACAACCUCAUAACAGAUGCUGUGUUCAGCCAUCUUGCCAAAAUACUCCAGCAGAAUUUUUUACAAAGAUACAAUAUGAAAUUUUUAAAAAAAUCGUUAUCACUUUUAAUGAUACUUUUUUGCAACUUCACUGAGCUUUCUGGAAGCAAAAAUAUAUAAUGGAACGUUGCCUCUAUUAUAUUUAAUUACUAAGAAUGAUUACAUGAUAUGGUAGAGAGCUGUGAGUGGGGCUCUUAAUUGUUCACCAAAAUGCAUAUAGGACAUGUUUCCUAUGAGAACUAUUAAUCAUGAGGAAAUAUUACAACAUUACCACUUCCCCUCCUAACCCCUCCCCCCAAUAGAUUUGCAUAUGUGCUUAAUAACAAAGCUUAAAAAUCUUGGACAGAUCCUCAGAUGAAUGGUUCCAUUGACUCCAAUAGAGCUAUGCUGAUUUACAAGAGUAUUAGGUCCCUGUGUUUUUGUUCAUAGUUUCUAUUGUUCUAUUGUUUCCAGGAUAUAAAUUAUUUCCUUUUGAAAAAUGAAACAAAAUAAGAAAAAAUCUAUUGGUUCUAAUAGUAAUAAAAUACUAUAUCUCAAUGGCAUGAAAUGCUGUUUUAGGUAAUACUUGAGCUGAAUUUAGAUCAGGAGUUCUCACACUGGGGGUCGGGACCCCUCAGGGGGUCGUGAGGUUAUUUUGUGGGGGCGGGGUCACGAGCUGUCAUCCUCCACCCCAACCUUGCUUUGCCUCCAGCAUUUAUAAUGGUGUUAAAUUAAAAACACUUUUUAAUAUAUUUAUAAGGGGGGUCGCACUCAGAGGCUUUCUAUGUGAAAGGGGUCACCAGUACAAAAGUUUGAGAGUCACCGAUUUAGAUAAUAGUUCUAACUGGAAUGAAGUAAUUAUAUGGUGGUUUUUUCUGGGAGUUCCUUUGUAAUCUGAACCUAAAAGAUCCUGUCACUUUCUAGUCAUGCCCACCUUCCAUUAGGCCCCAUAUAAUGGCCAUUUUUCUGUCUGAGGAUGACUGGAUCUUAUGUCUGUCAGACCCAGCUGGAUCUAAGGAGUUGCUUAACAGUACAGAAGCACACCCUCUAUUGGGAGCAGUGCUUCUGUUGCACUCCCAGCCCCUGCUGGCCCAGGGAGCAAGAGACUGGAUGGGAAGUAGAAGCCAGAAUCUCUUGCAUGUAGUGCAGUGCACAACCACUAGUCUUAUUAGACAAAUCUGGAGCUGUUCUUAAUAGGGAUAAUACAGGAAACUGUUUAUGGGUUUUGAUUAUAGUUAUAGUACAUAAAUUCAGAUGCCAGAAGGUAGUCUGCCCCGACUUCACUCAGAGUGAUUUUUUGUACAUACACAUGUUGCAUAUCAAAUAAAAAGUAUUAGUGAGCCAGAUAAAUCAUGUUAAUUCUACUCAGCCAUCUAUUGGAAGUCACCAGAUGGUCACCACACCGUAUAGUCUUAUUUUUAGUAUAAUGUGGAAAUCAAAUAAUUCUCUUAAUGUUUGUGUAUUUACUUAUAUUUUGCACACCAAGACACCAUAGAAAAUGUACUUUACUUUUGAAACUAGUUCAUACUUACCGUUUCCAUACUUAUGAAGUGAAAGAUGUUUAUUUCCUUAAAAACUUUCUAGAUUUAAAAUCUAUGACAGUGAAUGCAAUUGUAAAGUUGAGUGACUUGCAGCAUGCAGUGCAUUAUUUUUUUACAUAAACUUUGUUUUGCAUCCGUUUUUGUCUUCAAUUUUUUACUUCUGUUAAUAGUACUGUGUGAUUAUGUUUACAAACACUUUCCUUUGUAACACCCUGCUUUUGCACAUCUAUAACUUGUUGAAAUAUUCACUCUUGGGACUGUUGUUUCAUGCUUGAUCUUUAUACAGAUGUUGGGUGGUUGUUUUUUGAAAAUUUUGGUGAAUGCUUUGAGCCAUUUUUCAACAAAAUGAUGGAGUGCAAAAAGCAGUAACUUUUUCAUUUAAAAAAAAUCCACUUGUACUCUUUUUGAACAGAAUUGAAACAAAAAUGUCUGAAUUUGAAAGUUAAAGCUUGUCAUAGAAUAGACAAUCUACAGUGAGUUAUGCUUUAAUUAAACAGAUUUUGCUUUAA